CAAGGCGCCGGGCGCAUAUUUACAUCCCCUUGUCUUGUCCUCUCUCUCCCACUCUGAGUCUGCCUCUAUCUCCCCCACCCAUGCCUCUCUGCCGGAGACACAGAGCCCUUGCUCACACUUGAUACAGAGCUGUGAGGAGCAGAAGGAGCAGGGUGACUAUAGAGGAGAGACAGAAGCCGGGAAAAAAAAGGAGGCACAAUUUUGGAGAGGGGAGUAGUUGUGAAAUGCCUCGAAGGGACAACUACUCCCACAAAGACCGGAAGGUGUUGAGCUUCAGUUGAGGAUGGCGGGAGAUUCCAGAAUCCUCAUGGACCACGACAUGCAGAUAGGUGUUACACCUGCACAGGUGAAGAAGCUUCCGAAGCACUUACGGGAGGCACAGAUCUCAACAGAGCGAACACACCUGAUAUCUGACCCCGCCAAGAAGCCACGUCAGCGAUAUGUGCAAAAGGAUGGCAAAUGUAACGUUCAUCAUGGGAACGUGCAAGAGACCUACCGUUACCUCAGUGACUUGUUCACAACAUUAGUCGACCUUCGUUGGCGUCUCAGUCUCUUUAUUUUCACGCUAGUCUAUGUCGUCAACUGGCUCUUCUUCGGCUUUCUUUGGUGGUUGAUUGCACUCAUCCGCGGGGAUCUCCUGCAUGCCGAUGAAGAAGGAUGGACCCCCUGUGUGGAGAACCUCAACAGUUUUGUCUCUGCUUUCCUCUUUUCCAUUGAAACUGAGACCACAAUUGGGUAUGGCUAUCGUGUUAUCACAGAAAAAUGCCCUGAAGGUAUCAUCCUGCUUUUGGUGCAGGCCAUACUGGGUUCUAUUGUGAACGCCAUGAUGGUCGGCUGCAUGUUUGUCAAGAUCUCUCAGCCAAAGAACCGCGCCGAGACCCUCAUGUUCUCACACAAGGCCGUCAUAUCGGUGCGAGACAACAAGAUGUGCCUGAUGUUUCGGGUAGGGGACCUGAGGAAUUCACACAUUGUGGAGGCCUCAAUUCGAGCAAAGCUUAUCCGCUCGCAGCAGACCAAGGAAGGGGAGUUCAUCCCGCUCAACCAAACUGACAUAAACAUCGGCUUUGACACGGGAGACGAUCGCCUGUUCCUGGUGUCGCCACUCAUCAUCUCCCACGAGAUUAACGAAAAGAGCCCAUUCUGGGAGAUGUCCAUGGCGCAGAUGGAGAAGGAGGAAUUCGAGAUAGUGGUCAUCCUCGAGGGCAUGGUGGAAGCCACAGGGAUGACGUGUCAAGCAAGGAGUUCCUAUCUGGACACAGAGGUGCUUUGGGGUUACCGCUUUACCCCGGUUCUCUCCUUGGAGAAAGGCUUCUAUGAGGUCGAUUACAACAACUUCCACGACGUCUAUGAGACCAACACCCCUGCGUGCAGCGCCAAGGAAAUGGCGGCAAAGCUUCGAGAUGGGCCCCUAUUGCCUCAGCUGUCACUGCUGAGCCCAGAACCAAAAAUGCACACUUUUGGCCUGUCUGACUUGGACCCACUAAGCCACGAUGAGGACAAGGAGGAGAGAGAAUCAGGAGGUGACAAAGGAGAGACAAAUGGUUCAGCGGGUGCUUUGGAGGAGACGCCUUUUGCUGAUGGACUGCCUGGCUGAUUAACCAACAGAAAAAAAACCUCACCUGAGGGAACUGGACUGUGUUGUAUUUAAUUUAGUCAACGGCCAUUGCAAGGCUUGGAGAAAUAAAACACUGUUCUUCAAUCACUGAACCACGCAAUACUCCUCUGCAGUACUAGAGUGUCAAUCUAUAGAAUAGAUUGCUUUUUAGACACGUACUGUAAGUACCGGCACACAUCUAUAUCUACACUUUAAAGUUGGUGGUACCCAUUGUCUUUUUAUAAUCCAAUAAUUAUACCCUAUCACCAUUAUUGCAGUUUACAGCGGGCCACACAAAGAAGGCAUGACAGGACAAUAUAGCAUUGUAUUGUUUGAAUAGGGUGCCAUCUGAUAAUAACAUAGCACACCGCACCCUUAAUCUGUCCUCUGACAAUCACGAGUCUUGUCACCCAAACCAGAAGUCUCAAGCAAACAUGACUUCACAUAGAACCCAGACUAAACUGUGAGAGGCGGAAAUCUACAGGAGGGCAUCCAGACUGCUGGAAAAUCAAAACAAGCCGCAGCAGCUCGGCUACCUGUGAGAAUUUUUUGCCACGCCAUCUGCAUCUUUUGUGGUAAGAUUUGGAUUACACUCAACUCAGUGAGUUGAUCCCCCACUUCUGAAGCCCUCUCACUGUGAGCUUUGCAUCUGUUGCCAUCGUUUAUUAUUUUACACUCACUUCAUGAUUGGCAAACAUUUUGUAAUACUUAAUAGGCCCAGAAUCAGAUACCCUUGAUUGCAACUCCACACGACAAUAUUCUGUCACAAAUAUUAAACAUAAUGCGAUUGGUGAUCCAAAUUGGGAAAACUAAAGUCACUUUCAACACGCCAUUAACCACAGGAUGAAUGGUCACGGUAAUCAUCAGAUGAUUUUGUCUUUGCCGGCUUUGAUCAGAAAGGUGAGAAUCAGGAUUAUCACAGAGGAUUAUCUUUUAUGUGUGCCCUACUUAAAUUGUAAAAUUGUAUGAGAAAGUUGAACUGAAAUAUGUAGUCGAGACAGAGUGCACUCUGCUCUUAUAUGUACAGCUGUGCUCUAAUUUUAAAGAGUAUUGAUUCAGACACAUGCUACUUUAUGAUGAUGGAAGGAAAUACUUUCCUCCAUCUCGAUCCUUCAUUAGGAUGGUAUACAGUAUAUAAGGCAAAUAGUUUACUUGUAGGAAACUAUACAAAGCGAUCCAGAUGCAAUCUGUACUCAACUAAUAUGCAGUUAUCUUUUCUGAAAUUCAUCCUUUGUGUGUAAUUUCAUAUUCAUGUGACUAAUUCUCGCACACAGGAAGCUUUGCUCCAAAAGAAACCAGCUUUGACCUCAUUCUAUGCUCAUUUUCAGGGUAAUUAGCUGCAGCAGAGGUUGGUGAACGAAGACGCUAUUGUGUAACUGAUUGAUUGGUAGUAGGACGCGGCACUCCACCUACAAUUGUGGAGUGUCAAUUAAUUAAAAGCAGUGGUAAACAUAAAUUGCACAGCAGUUAACCUGCAUUUGGAAGACAUGGCAAUAAGCCAAGUCGAUUAGGCCACGACGAAUGUUGUGAUCAAGACCAAGACUGUGUUUGAGGACAUGAGUCUACACCAAGGCAUAGGCUGGCUAAAACCAAGAUGGGUUAUAUUUAAAUGUUUGCAGGAAAAUAGUGGUCACCCAUGGUGUAGUCACUACACUGUAGUGGUUGACUUUCAUGGAACCAGUGUGAAAUCUAAUCGAAUGUCUGUGCCUUGCUGAUGACCUCCAGGGUCAAUCUAAUACGGUCUCCUUUUACCCAGUCACUUGCAGUUACAAUUGACCCUGAACAGGAUAACGUACAAAGCAAAGAGAUGGAUGGUAUUUUCAACAUCUGAGAAUCAGAUAAUGUAUAAUAGUCCUGGUUACAGUCAUUACUUUCAAAAACAAAUUAUACAUUGUGUAGGUGAAGCACUGCUCUUCCUGCGGUUUGGGGCUUGAGAAUAGAAAUCUAGAGCCUUAUUUUACCCAGUUUGACAGUCUAACCUGACCCAGCUAAAAUGCAUUUAAUGACUCAUAAUUGAUUUCUAAACCAGUCCUGAGAACAAGAUGGUCUCUUGGUGCUACAACACCAUUUUGGAAUAAUCAUUAUGAUAAUAAAAACUAAUACUGUGUUCCACAAUACUGCACAAAAGUCUUAGUUCACCAUUAGUUUUAUGUAUUGUUUUUUUCUAUUUGUAUCUGCGUUUAUAUUAUAAAAACUAAAACACAAAAGAAUUAAACUUGGGAGUAUUUGAUAAAACUUUGCUGAGACCAAGGAAUAAGCCAUAUAAUUUUAGCAAUGAUCGAGAUCACAGUGAAGUAAUUUAUGCUAUCAGAGGAACCAUCCAUCCCUAUGAAAGCAUCACAAAUCACAUUGGCACCGCCCAUCUUUUUGCCAUCCUCAAUUAACGAUGAAAUAGCUUGUUGGUUGACAAACAGAUGGAUUAUUUUUUUCACCUCUUAACUGAGUGACAUUCAAGUCACAUUUCGCCUUUAUUGAAUCUAGUGGUAGCCUUGACCUUUUGUGCGGUAAUGCAGGAAAUGUUAUCCCACCGAAAAGCAAAUUGUCUAUCAAAUUAAUACAAUAAUACAUUUAUGACAAACUGUUCAAUCCUUCUUCCUGCUGUUGUUAACAAAACAAAUAAGAUUUAUUUAUGUAUUUAUUUAUUUAUGUAAGUACAGUAUCACAUUAAGAGGAGAUGAUGGUAGGUUUGAUCGGCGUUGAUCAAACUACUUCACAGGCUAAUCUUACUAGCUGAUGCAUGUGGGUACUUGAUUGAAAAGGCGCUUGAUUUUUUUAUGAUUUUUUUUUUUUUUAAAGGUUUAUGAAAUGUUCACUGAGUCACCUUAUGAAAAGAAAAGAUGUUUAUGAAAUUGAUUAUUCAUAACGGAGGCACUUGCCUAGAGAUGAUAAUGAGAGCAAAAGGCUUUCUGUCUAAUCCAUCAUCCGGGGUAUUUGCCUUCUUCAUUAUGACUCUCACUCCCACCUAUUACUUGAAGUGUUCUUCAACCUUCUCCAUUUUCAGCCUCCACUUGUUUCCCAAACUGCCCUUUGUCUUCUGUUUAAUGGCCCUUGCGAGCGGUUUUGGAAGCAGACAUGUGCUUCCAAGUGGGCCAUGGCGGACAGUAGUUAAUUGACUUGCAUGAGGUGACUCCUACGUUCUGUACUUCUAAAUACAUUAAAUACAGUGAUACGAAUACAGGGUAUUUUUUAGGCAUGCAAAUGAUACAAUUUCUACAAUAUAAAGACAUUUCAAUAAAACCGUCGUUGACAAAAUUAUAAAUCCCUAAUUGUUUAAAAUGCUCAAUUGUCUUGUUUCAAAGAUGCUUUGAUAUAUUUAUUUUCACCGCAUCUAACUAUGUAUCCCAUUUGCUAAACAAUAGGUUUGUUGUUAGAGAGCCAUCAUCGUUCAUUGCAGGAAUGUCAUCUGUUUUAUGUGUUCUCUCGGGAAUAAACAUACUACAGCCAAAAGAACAGAACGUGUUCUUGUGAAUGUGUUCACCCAUGAACGAGCGGGGUAGCAUUAUUUGCGUGUGAUUUAUUUUCGGUGCAGAUAACUAAACAAGGAAAAGUAAUGACCUCACUUCAGAAGAGUGUGACGUUGCACUUUGCUGUAACAAAUCGACAAAGCAGCGGUUUCAAUAUAUACAUAGAUACGUGAAAAGUGAAUUAGUUGUGCUUGGCACAAUGAAAAUAAGUAUAAAUUAUCAGUACAGCACAUCAGGUGUACUGAAGCUUGAGGCAAAAGACUCAUGCAUUCUUUUAAGGAACCCUUUUGAGAUAAGAGUCAAUAGGUAGCUUGCAGCUAGUGCAAGAGGCUCACGUUAUUUCUUAUUAAACAUCACAAAGUAACGGCUCAAAAUGCAUAAUACUCAUAAAAUUGUAUGCUUCCGGAGCACUGAACUAACAGGACUAGUAAUCAUAAUUUUCCUCAGUCACUCAACCUCUGGUGGUCCAAAUAGCACGGCACCGAAACAUUCUGGAUGAAAGUGCUUGAACAGCGUCAAAUUCUUUCAGCUUUGGAUGACUCUAACUACUUUAUGGUGAAUUCUAGUAUCUUUUUCCUUUCUCAUUGCCCUUCUUUAAAAGAUGAAAGUGUCAAAAAUUAAAACAGAAAGGUAAAACACAGUACACCUAUACAUACAGACAAAUUUGUGGGACAUGGUCUUUUUGAAAAUGACAGUUUGAAAUUCUAUGUGAGCUAUUCUGUUUCAAUUUGUUUGAAACAGUGGAUACACUUCAGCAGGAGCAUUCUCUGAAAACAGUCUGAAGGACUCUCAAGGAUUAAAUAGGGAAUGCAAAAUGCAGCGUGAUCACUGAGUCAGGUUCGUACAUGACAGCAAAAAAAAGUCUGAUGCUGCCAAAAAACUAUCGCCUAGCGACAAGACUCACAGAAACACUACGCAAGGCAGAUUUAACGAGCACAUUACAGUAGUAAGAACAGGAUCAUGAUGUUACAUUCAGGCGAGAAUGUGUAGGGGAUGACUAGUCCAAAUUCACAGAAUCCCCUGCAGAGUGCUGUCAAGGCUAUUCUUGUCGGAGCUAUUAAAUUUUGGAACUCUGAAUGUCAGCGCCUGAUUCAAAAUUGAAUAAUGUGCAAGAUGAUGAAUAAAUGUAUAAAUAAAUGUAAAUGUAAAAGUUGGGCUUGUACAGGACAAUUGUAUGUGUGCAUGUUAGUGUGCUAGAGAGAGAGGGAGAGAGAGAGAGAAACCAGGCACAGAGAUACAUACUGUAGAACCUCUGAGAUGAAACAUAACCUUCACAUCUCCCAAUUUUAUCCGUUUGAAAAAAAUUUAGAUAGAAAAUAAAUAAUUCUGGAGUGACACUGUAGCGUAAAACCGUUCGUUAUUAACUGUACGGACAAUUUCUUAGUAACAUGAUGACAUUACUGUCAUGCAAGUAGUAAAAAGUAAACCACUGAUAAUAUUUAAAAACAAGUUUUGAUAUGAAGAUGGAGAUUUAUGUCAUUUUAUUAAUAUUCUGACAUAUCAAAAUGAAGUGAACAGUAACAACACUGCGUGUCACUUAACACUUACUCACUGAAAUGAGGUUUGCUCAUGUCCUGUGUUGAUACUGGAGCUUGUGUAACAUAACACUUGAUCGAGCACACAAAUUUUGUUUCAAUUGCAUUCAUUUUUUUUUUUUUUACUCCUAAAGCAGUGUACAUCAUUUUAAACGUAUUGUACAAUCAAUUAUCCAAUCAUCUAAUCAUACUACCGUAAUUUUUGGACUACAAGUCGCGUUUAUUUUCAUAGUUUGGGUGGGGGGGCGACUUAUACUCAGGAGCGACUUGUAUACAUAUAUGUUUUUUUUCACUUUUUUGGGCAUUUUAUGGCUGGUGCGACUUAUACUCCGGUGCGACUUAUAGUCCGAAAAUUACGGUAAUUUAGCCCUAUUAAACAGUGAGUAAUGACAAAAGUGACAGUCUGUAUAUGUUGCUUAUAUAGGAAGACAGAUUGUAGUUAGCAAUGAACUUUAAGAAGGUUUUGAGUUUGAGGCCCUGGUGUGGUCAUUUGCAUUUUCAGACGAUGAUACCAACACUAAUAGACAGUACAUACUUUUCAAAAGAAAAAAUAGUUUUUCUCCGUUUGUAAUAGUUUUGAAAUCUAACCAGUUUGGGCAAAUAUUAGGUUCAUCAUUCCGCUGUGUGAUCUCAAUAAAUUGUCACCUUGGCACCAUGUUUGCAUACAUUUAAAAAACUGCUAUGCUGAAUUAUUUUCUAUUGAAUAAAAUAAAACACUCGUUUGUCUACAGUGUAAUAUUUAAGAAACUCAUUACAUUAUCCCGAAAGCAAGCAGAAAAAUGACCAAGAUUAUUAAAGCAGGACAAUUCCUUGCAGCACAGGAAACUAGCUAUUGUUCUUUCCAUGGCUCGUUAAUACACUUCCUCUGCUUCGCCUUUAAAUAAUGCAUGGCUAACAAUUGCAGUCAUAAUGAAAGGAGCCACAUAGAAAGAAAGCAUUUGCAGAAAAAGCCUUUGUGGAAGUUUUGGUGCUAGCUUUUUUUGUCUCUUUGCACAUCAAAAACAAUUCAAAGCUAGAAGAAUGAAAAAAAAAAACCACCGCGCUUGAGGAUCAGCGAUGCUCAUGUUGCGUAAACAUCUGAAACGUUGAUAUCUGUUUCGGCAAGAUGUCUCAUUGACAACAGCAAGGUUUCCCAAACUUAUCUGAGACAUAAUUUCUUGGCAUUUACAACCACACUCCAAAUUUCAGUCAUGAGCUAAGAAAGUCAAGUAGAACUAGGUUCUUACACUGUACCACUUUUCUACCUUAUCUUCCGUCUCAUAUUCUCUCUACGUUUAGCAUCCUCAUGCGUGCACCAUAUCAUCCCCUUUAUGUCUUCUGUGAGUUUCCUGGAAAGAAUGAUCUCUGCACCAUCUGCAACAAAAUGCAGUAAGUUUUGGGAAUCCAGUGAUUGUAUGUAUGAAACCUUCAGACACAGCCGGCCACCCAAUCAGUCGAUGCAGUAAGGUUACACAAUUCGGCUACAAAGAUCAAAGGGAAGAACUCAGAAAAACAAGCGGAGCUCGUAAUGCCUAGUAUUUUCUUGCAAAUUAGAAAAUACAGCAACAUGUACCAAGAUGGAAGACUGAACACAGAUCAAACAGUGUGUGGUCAUGGGUCGUGAGAGUCGUGAGUAAAAAGCUUACAAGGGAAUGAAACCUUUGCUUUCAUCAUGGCUGCAAAACAGAUUGUUGCCUUUUAUGACAAUUUCUAUCCUCUCAGAAAGCCUCUCUCCUAAAUAUCAGCUCCUAGGAAGCACACAUGAAAAUAAAAUCAUUGCAGAAUUCAGAGAUUUUCCAAAAGGCUUGGAAUUUUUCCUGGUAAAAAAAAACAGAGUUGACCUGUAAACAUCUCUUGUAAACAUCCAAAAACAUGAAUAAGUAAACAUGUUGGAAUGGCUAUGGAAGCAUUUUUCCAUUCUAAGAUGACUUUGAUUGUAGCCCACUUUUUUCUGUGAUAGUUCUAUAAGCCUGUCAUCACAUCCCAGUGAAAAGCUUUUUGUAUUCAUUUUAGCGUGGCAGCAGCAUCCGAUUUGGGUAUUGUACAAAAUGUUACUUGUGGAUGAUAAAUCACAUCACGUCUAAAAAAUCAUGCUCGUCUGAAGGUCUAUUCCAGUAUAUUAAGGAAGUCAGAUGACCUCCUAUUACAGGUCCAAAAUAUUGCUAAACCAAACCUGACAGACUUCACAGAGCCCAUAUUUAAGAAAUGAGCGCUACUCGCACCAUCAGUAAGAGUUAAAUAACCCAGUGAGGCUACCCAUUUACUGCCAAUUGGUGAUCUUUUUUUUUCCUUCCAGAUGGGUGGGCAUGGUGCAUUCUUUUGUAUAAAUGUUUCACAAUGGCCGUGCUUGAUACCUAACACUGGCUAUUGCAACAGACAAAGCUCCAAUGUAACGGUAAAUAUCAAGAAAUGUAAACAAGUUCCAUGCGUGGGCAAACAGUGAACAACCAUUUUGAACAGCAGCUACCACAUUAACAUCUGUUAGGUACAAAAUGUCAUUUUUUGGAACUGACAUUAUUACCUGUUUAAAUUUUUAUAGAGACACUUUAUUUUUCAAUGCUCUUGAGUGUGCACAACAGGAUGUGUCUUUAAAAGUAUAUUAGAAAUGCACAGUGCGUCUCACUCAUCUACUUAGAUUUGAUUUAUUGUAUCAAUUUAAGCUCUCUGUCUUUAUAGAUGGAUAACAGAAUAGCUUUUAAACGGAUUAACGCUACACUAAGGGAGCAAUCAUAAAACCAAAUAAAUAUACACUUUGACAACCAGCCAUUCCUGUUUCUUACCCAAACAGUGCAACAUGGGAAACUCAAUGGUUUUGAUGUGGUGGGCUUGAUCCUACUUAAGAGUCUUUGAGGUAUGUAGGAGAAAGUGAGCAAGAAUUUGUGUGAGAUGUGCAAGAUCUCAUCAAUGAUAGAGAUAAAUCAAUAGCUCCACAGAAGCUCCAAAUGAAGUCAUCGCUUUACUUUGACUGGGAGCUCCGUGACAGAGACAACCUUUAUUCUAAGAGCAUUUCCAUCCUACAGCUUUAGCUUUUAUUGCCAUUUCUAAAAGCCUGCGUGUAGAGAUUAACUUUAUUUAAGGUCAAUCAGAGACACAUUUCUUUUGCUUAAAAAAAUGAAACAGUUAUUGUGCUGCCACUGUAUAAUAAUUUGUGUUUCAAUUGACUGUUUUCACUGUCUUUUUGGUUGUCCCAUUAGUGUGUGUGUAUAAUUAACAUUGUAUUGUAUUGUAAAAUAAAAAAUAGAAAUUGAUUGGAGAAUUUUGAAGAUAGUCACUAGGUUACCUUAAAACCUUUUGAAAUGAUUUGGGUUGAACUCUCUCACUCUCGCUUGAGGGAAAUUUGUUCAUCCCCAAAAUGUGCCAUAUUUCUCUUUGGAAUGCUCCAUCCUGCUCUCUUUCCACCCAUUUCUCCUGCCCAUUGAGUAGCUAACCCUUGUGACUCCUCUCUGUCUCCCACGCACCAAAACAACACUAGAAUAGGAAAGAGUGCUGUCCGGUGCUCACCUACCUGUGGAUGACUCAUUUGUUUUAGAAGAGGCAUAUAUAUAGUAUUAAAAAAAACAUUGUUAUGAGAAUUGUCUAUCCAUAUCAACAUGUUCAUGCCGAGCCAAUAUAUUGAUUAAAUGAAUGUUUAUUAGAGUUUUCUGAAGAAUUUUGGGGCUUUGUAAAAAAUGUUGUGAAUCUCUUGAGACAUCGUUGGAAAAAAUCCGAGCACCGCCAGUUGAAUCUGCUGAAUAAAAGAAGUGAAACAGAAUUUGAUUGCACAAGUACAAAUAUUUAACCCCAAUGAGCUUGGAGGUUCUGGAGAAAUACCAAAUAUGUGUUAAGUAAAUUAUACAACAUUUUUUUGCUUCUGGGCAUGACUCCUUUAGUCUAUGGCAUUUCCAUUUCAACUCUUCAAGCAUAAAACUGCAAAUCUUUAUGAUUCGUAUUUAUAAUUGGAACAAGCACAUGCCGGUUCACAUGCACUCACAGCGGGCCUGGAACAUCGCGUCUCACUCACUCCCUUUAUGCAAACUAUACCGGUGAGUCUCUGAGACUUUUUGGGGAGGGAAGUCCCAGCAGAUUUGCGCAUCUUCAAUACGUGCUUCCUCGUCACUGCAUGUCCUCCCUCCAGCCAAGCUUGUUUUGCCUGUGACCUUUCAGCACAUUCC